GGAGGGAGAGUUAUCAGUCCACAGUGGGGGUGCUAUCAGCGGCUGAAGGCUGGAGCGACACGACGUGUGGGGACGCCGAUAGAGCAGGGGGAGCACAGGGAGAGGGUGGGGGCGAGGCGGAGAGGACGGAGACCGCCUGGCCGCUGUCGUCGGUGCCGGUACGGAGGGUGUCUGUCCUCAGCUGAGCCGCCACCGCCGAGGUCCCACCCGUGGACACCCAAUGCUGAAUCCAGCUGUGGACGCCGCGCAUCCCCCGAAUGACACUAGACAUCACUCUGCAUCAUGCUCCCCCGUAAUAUGCGAACAGGUGGAUAUGACCUGCCGGGGGUGGAGUCUAAUGCUGUGCCUCUCAUUGGCUACCGGCCAUUGUAUCCUGACAAUGGAACCCCAAGCAAUACAUCAGGACUGGGGCGAAACAGCCAUGAGUUGGAAACUUCACAGGCAGAGCCCUCACCGAUGAAGACAACCUGGUACUGUCCUCUGGAUCUGUCCACAGUGGUGGAGGAGGAGGAGGAUGGGGUGAUCUACACCGUGGUGGUUAAACAGCAGCACGGGGCCCCGACCAGUCCCCUGACGGCAGUGACUCGUUCCCAGUGUGUGAAAGCAGGGACCGAGGAGAAGCUGGUGCUCCACCUCCUUCACUCCUUUUGUAUGGGAGACUCGUCCUUCAUCACCAUCUUCCUCUCCACGUACCGAUCAUUCAGCUCCCCACAGAGGGUCCUCGACAUCCUUACUGAUAGAUUGGAGAAUCCACCAGGAGAUGAGAGGAGCCAGACGAGACAAUCCUUCAACAAAGCGGUGUGUACAGUAUUCAGCACCUGGCUUUCUGAAUAUCCAGAGGACUUUAUGAGUUUAGGGGAGCCCUCUCGGCUGCUGCGACUUGCGCCUCUCCUCCCCCACCACUCGUCCGCAGCGGUUGACCUUCGUGCUCGCCUCCUCAGGAUCGCAGAGGAGCUCAGUGAGAAAGCUCUGCUGCCGGACGCUCGCACAGAUCAGUCAGCUCUCACCAGUCCUCCUGAUCCCUCCAAGUUUGAACCCACCAAUGUCCUGGGGUUUCCUGCAGCAGUCAUCGCUGAGCAGCUCACCAAGAUUGAGACGGAGCUGUUCGUCCGUUUGGUUCCCUACCACUGCCUCGGCUCUCUCUGGUCUCAGAGGGACAAAAAAGGGAGGGAAGGAGUGUGUUGGUCUGUCCGGGCCACCGUACGCCAGUUCAACAAACUGGCCAACGCCGUCUUAGCAUCCUGCCUCUGGUCCACGAAUCUGCGCAGCCAACAGAGGGCACGACUCCUGGAGAAAUGGAUCAGCGUGGCAGAGGAGUGCAGAGCCAGGAAAAACUUCUCCUCGCUGUACGCCGUCGUGUCGGCCCUGCAGAGUAACCCCAUCCACCGGCUCAGGAAGACCUGGCAGGACACUGACAGGGAAGCCAUGAGGAGGUAUGAGGAACUGUCAGAGAUAUUUUCUGACAAGGACAACUACUCACAAAGCAGAGAACUCCUAAAGGAGGAGGGCACGUCAAAGUUUGCUAACCUCGACAACAGGCUCAACAACAAACAUCCUACUAGAUCGUCGGCCCAGGGCACCGUGCCCUACCUGGGGAUCUUCCUCACAGACCUCACCAUGCUGGACACCGCCGUCAAAGACAGGCUGGAUAACGGCUACAUCAAUUUCGACAAAAGGAGACGGGAAUUUGAGGUCUUAGCUCAGAUCCGGCUCCUGCAGUCAUCCUGCAAGAACUGUACUUUCACCACUGACGAAGCCUUUAUGCAGUGGUACAACAGUGUGCCGACGCUAAAUGAGGAGGAAAGCUACAGACUGUCCAGUGAAAUCGAGGCCCCUGGUGAACCGAGCCCCCGGGGUCUCACGCCCACAGUGAUCAUCACACAGUGCCCAGACCUCAGCAGCUCCAGGUCCAGUCUGGCUGCUGACAGUGAAAGCCUCUUUGACUUCACCUCACCUGUAAAUAACCUGCUCUCCAAACUCACAAAGCACAUGAGAUCUCCAUCUGUGUCCUGUUUGGAUGUUGACACGUCCACCUCCACUAAUGACUCCACCCCCGCCACGCUGACUCCGUCCACUCCCACCAAAUCCCACCGCCGUUCAGCCUCCUGCGGCAACAACCCCCUUAAUAACAGCCAGACUUCAGGGCCAGACAUGAGGAUCAUCAGGAUCCGGAUGGACCUGCAGGAUGGAAAUCUGUACCGAAGCAUCCUGGUUACGAGCAAUGAUAAGACCCCCGCUGUGAUCAGCUCUGCCUUAGAAAAGCACAAUCAGGACCCCAAACAGGCGUCCAGAUAUGAGCUCAUUCAACUGCUGCCUGAGGGAAAAGAGCUGCUCAUCCCUGCAACAGGAAAUGUCUUCUAUGCCAUGACAUCAUCCAGUGUUGACUUCCUGUUGAGAAGGAAAGGUGGGAACCCUCCAGCCGGAUCACAGCCCAUCAGCACAGAAACAAGCGCUACCUUUCCUCGAAUUAAGGCCAAGGGAAGGAGACUGGUCCGGACUCUAUUUUAACAACAGCACAGGAUGAUCUCUGAGUAACGGCAGAUGUGGCCUUUUCUCUGCAAAACACAAAUCUGCACUUGCCUUUUCCUGCGUCCCCCCCCCACACACCAAAAAGCAAGUAGGAUGCUGUUUGCUGCUGACGAACAGCGUCACUUUUCCUCUUUCCUAAACAGUAUGCAUUACUAAUUUACACCCAGAGGAAAAGGGAUGCAAGCCUUUAACUGAGCGAUUUUGGUGCUGGCUCUCGAGUCCCAGAUCACAAUGCAUUUUUCAUCAUUCCAACUCGCUGAAUAAUAACUGUUUUAAUUGUUCAAAAUAUCUUCGGUGCAGUGAGAGACAUUUUCACAUGUAAAAAGGAUAAUUAAUUGGUCAGAACAUGCUUUUGUGAUCACCACAUGCUGUUCAGGAGUGUGUAGCGCUGUGACCAAAACACUGCUGCUAUUGUUGGGUGGAUGAAUGAUGACAUCUGAAUCUGUGUUUUUUGUUUUGUUUUGGGUUUUUUUUGCAAAAUGAAGACGGAUGAAUAGUAAAACAAAGAGUGCAAAUUGUAGCAAAACACUGGAGACAAAUGACACAUAUAUAUGUUUUGUAUAUAUUUAUAUAUUUUUAUGUCCAUGAGAUGUGGAGAUGUGUUUACGCUUACACGGAGCUGGAGGUCCAUGCAUCCAAAGUGUAAAACAACUAGUUCAUCAAGAAGACAAAAAGCACAUUCAAUACAGGCCAUCUCCAUGAGAACCACCAUUCAACUUGGACUCAAUCAUUUCAGCUACAUUUGAAAGCUGCACUAACUCAUACUUUUCUUUUCCCAUCAGGUCAGAUGUGUGUUUGGGAUGUGAAGGCGGUGCUUCACUGGGACUCGGUUCUAACCCAGCUCCACGGAGCCUCUUUAGCUCAUUGUUCUGGUUUUAUGGCACAUUUACAGUGUGUGUCGGCACUGUUAUCAGCCAGCAGCAGCAGGAAGUUUGACAAACAAUUCAACAUUUUGGCAGCUAAAGGGCUAGCAGCUACGGUGACCUUAGCACUCUUUAUGCAAACCUUAAGGAGAAGUUAUUGACAAAAGUCACUGUCAGAUUUUACUUGAUACACAGUAACGUGGCUGUGUUAGCGAUGCCUUUAUAAAAUAUGGCUUAUGUGCUGAU